AUGGACCAAUACUCCUCCCGAUAUCGAAGAGAUGGCCCCUGUUCCCACUGCCGCUCUCACCUUAUUACAACGACUGUGAGUUAUCAUCAAGGGGGCCGGAAGGUGGGCGGGCGCGAUAAACCGUGCCUGGGCCAGCUGGGUCCCGAAACCGGUCGCACCAGGAGCGACCAGGAGAUGGAGGAGGCGUUUCGGGCUUCGGCCACGAUCGCGGGGAUGUUUCUAAUAGAGGCGGCGAUCAAUCUUAUUCAAUGGUUGACAUUCAUUGCUCUCCCACAAGCUCACCGCACCAGAUCUCCGUAUCCUAAGAUUGAGGGCGAGCCAGCUUCUCCCGGUAGAUGGGCCAUUGGGCAGGGCAUCGAGCGAAUAGGAUACGCCUCAGGGGCGAUCAAUUUGAUGAGCAAUGCGCAUGCCGCUUAG